AUUUGUAACACUUUUUAUAUUACAGCUAAGAGACCCUUGAAGCAAACGUAUAUACGUAUUUAACAAAUAGUUUAUUAUCUAUUACUGAUAUUUAUAAGAUUGUUUGAAAAAAUCAUAUACAUAGAGUGAGAUAAACGAGAAAUGAUACUUUUUUUACAAAUUAAAUACAAAUAAAAGCGGAAAGUGAAGAAACAAUUUUAAUACGUUUUCGGCGUUGUGUCCAUUGUGACACGUAAUAAAUCAUCACCAUGAGCAAGAUGUAUUCCACUGCAAAUUUAUCAGACAAGGAAUUAAAGGAGCAAGGCAAUCGUCUUUUCAAUCUUCAUAAAUAUGAAGAUGCUGCAAACUGUUAUACAAAAGCAAUUAUAAAGAAUCCAACUCAAGCAUCAUACUUCACAAAUCGAGCAUUAUGCCACUUAAAAUUGAAGCGUUGGGAAUCGUCAUGUCAGGAUUGUAGGAGAGCUUUGGAUAUAGAUCCUUGUUCUGUGAAAGGACAUUUUUUCUUGGGUUUAGCUCUACUUGAAUUAGAACUUUAUGACGAAGCUGUCAAACAUUUACAAAGAGCGGUGGACUUGGCCAAGGAACAGAAAUUAAAUUAUGGCGACGACAUUACCAGUGUCUUGAGGCAAGCACGCAAACGCCGUUUUCAGUUGAGGGAAGAACAGAGGAUUGCACAAGACAUUGAACUUCAGACAUAUUUAAAUCAAUUAUUAGCUGAGGAUGCAGAAAGAAAAUUAACUGCUUUAAAUGAACAAGAGAUCAUAAAAGAUGGAGACAAUAAAUCUGGAACAGAUGCAUCAAGUAGUGAUUUAGCUAGGAGAAAAGAAGAAAUAGAAGAAAAACGAGAUAUUUGUACAGCUCAUCUUAAUGAUUUAUUUGCUAAAGUAGAUGACAGAAGAAGGAAAAGAGAAGUACCAGAUUACUUAUGUGGGAAAAUUAGUUUUGAGAUACUUCAAGAACCUGUAAUAACACCUAGUGGAAUUACUUAUGAACGAAAAGAUAUUGAAGAACAUUUACAAAGGGUAGGACAUUUUGAUCCAGUUACACGUGUUCGGUUAACACAAGACCAAUUGAUUCCAAAUUUAGCUAUGAAAGAAGUGGUGGAUACUUUUCUUCAAGAAAAUGAAUGGGCAUUGUAUUAUUAAUAUGUUAAUACGAUAUACUUCUAUACUUCUUACAUUUGAUUCGUAUAAAACACUAAAAUAUAUUGUCAGUAUAUGAUUUAUUAUUA